GAGAAGUCUUACCAGGCAGAACUUCGCAUUCUAUCACGCUUCGUGCUGGGAGGCACGACCCUUAGCCAUUUUGGCUUACGCCUUUUUUGGCGCCGCUUCUAUUAGCAAUACGACAACGAACAAGGGAGCUGAACCACCAUCACAUUUAGCGGGCUAGUCGUUCAGUUUACGUUUUACGCGAGUAUCCAGUAUGUUCGCGCACGUACAAAUACUAAAGGAUAGGCACACAGCUGGACUUUGUGGAAAGCUUAGAAUGACCUUUUCCGGGAUUGUUCCAGGCACAUCGAACAACGCCCAUGUGGGCGUCGACCAGGUUUCAUCCAUAGACAUUUUUCCUUCCACGAGCAAGUCAAUUGAUCCUCUCAAAAUCAUCAGCGAGUUCCACAGGAAGGCUGAUAGCCAUAGGACGGAUAAGCAUGAACAGCGCGUGAACGCUGCCAUACAAGAAAUCAGUCGUGCAAAGCACCAGGCAAGCACGGAGAGCACUUGUUCUCCUGAGGAUGAGAACGUGCAGCCAGACAUCGAAGAUUCUCCGCACGAGGACUGGAAGUCCUCUUUUCACGCACCUCCUGGUUCCUACGAUGCGGCCUGCGGGAAGCCAGUCAAUCCGGUGUCUCGGGUCAAGACCAAGCACGACGAGCCCCAUUACAGUUUGAACGCGGGUGCCUAUGUAAAGUCUGUCAUCUUCGGUGGGCUGGAUGGCAUCAUCACCACAUUUGCGAUUGUGUCAGCGGUGGAGGGCGGCGGGCUUUCCCAGAAGACCGCGUUGCUGAUGGGCAUUGCGAACCUAGUCGCCGACGCGCUCAGCAUGGGCGUGGGUGACUACUUGUCGGAGAGCGCGGAGCAGGCGUACGUGAUGCGGGAGCAGGCGCGGGAGAUCUGGGAGACGGAGAACUAUCUCGAGGGUGAGAUCGCUGAGAUGGUAGAGAUAUACGUGCAGAAGGGCAUGCUCGAGGAGCACGCGAAGGAGUACAUCCGCAUCCUUGCCUUGUACCCAAAAGUCUUCGUGGAGAGCAUGAUGGUGGACGAGCUGGGGCUGAUGCCGAUCACCGAUGAGACCGACAAGUUCGAGUGUCACAAGAAAGGGGCUGUCACGUUCCUGUCAUUUCUCGUCUUCGGUUUGGUUCCCUUGGGCACGUACUUGAUCGCUUGGGAGUUGCUGGACGAUGACCACGUACUGGGGGAUGAACAUGAUAAGGGAGAUGGUGGACAGACGGCUAGAUUCGCCAUAGCCACAAUGGCAACGUUGGUGACGCUGUUCGUGCUGGGCUUGCUUAGAGCCAAGCUUGUGGGCGGCAGCGGUUUCCAGGGCGGGCUCAGCAUGAUGGUCACUGGUAGCUUGGCGGCUGGUGCGGCCUAUAGCGUAGGCUGGAUUUGCGGCGAGAUGUAAUCGUGCACUCAUUUUUCUGGAUCGUAGUGUCCUCAUAUGUUGUUUUACUUCAACAAGCCAGCCAACCUUUUGACACGGUGCAUGGCACCAUGCGUUUUCCUGCUCACCCGCAAACUUCACAUUUCGAGGGGGGGGUUUGAUGCAGCAGCCAUGUCUUACGAGCACGAAGCAACGUGCGGGAUUUUCUGGCGGGAUGGUCCGCCGCAAGUGCUCCACAUCGGAGCAUGCCCUGCAAGCGGAAGAGAACCUUCUGUGCUGCGAGUGUCAUUGCGUCACAGCGCUAUCAGGACGGCGCUGCGCGGCUGCAGCGUGCAGCUGGGUCCGGCACAGUAUCAUAGUAACGCGAGUCAGAGAGGCUUCCUGUGAAGGCGCACUGCCGCCGACCAGGCUGGGGCUUUUUCGGUGCCGCGGCGCAGCCCUGGGACAGGUGGUCCUGGGCUGCCGCACGCCAGAGGCGCGGGCAGGUGGUCCACGCGCCUGGGCCUGCCAGGACCAGCGCUGAUGAUGAGGAUGGAGGCGUUU